AUGAACGUUUUGAAACUUCAGAGGAAGUUUCCUCAAUUCCAACAGAACGAAAUCUUCAGCUUGUCCGAUGCCUUUCAGCGGCUUGAUGUCGACGAUAGAGGAUACCUUGACGAAGCUACCGCUAUCAAGGCAACCCAGCAGAGCGAAAAUCAGCCCUACGAUGUUGUGCGCCAGGCGUUGAAGGAAGUCGAGCUUGACUCUUCGCGACGCGUUGAGCUCGAGGAUUAUGUUAGCCUCGUUGCCAAACUUCGCGAUUCAUCGCCCGCUCAGAAACGCAUGUCCACGGGACCAACUCCUCCCUCUGCAGGUGGUGGUGUUGUCGCGCAACGUACUGGCGGUCAUGCUUCCAAGGGUAGCGUGGGCGGAAAGAUCCAGGUCCAGGGCUCUAAUGCCAACAUCACUCACACCAUUAAUGAGGAUGAACGCACCGAAUUUACCCGUCACAUCAAUGCCGUGCUGGCUGGCGAUGCUGAUAUUGAUAGUCGCCUCCCCUUCCCUACCGACACUUUCGAAAUGUUCGACGAGUGCAAGGAUGGCUUGGUUUUAGCCAAGCUCAUCAACGACAGCGUUCCCGAUACAAUUGAUGAGCGUGUCCUUAACAUACCCGGCCGGAAGAUCAAGAACCUCAAUGCUUUCCACAUGAGUGAGAACAACAACAUUGUCAUCGAGUCUGCCAAAGGUAUCGGCUGUUCUGUUGUUAACAUUGGUGCUGGUGAUAUCAUUGAGGUUCGAGAACAUCUUAUUUUAGGUCUCAUCUGGCAGAUCAUUCGACGAGGAUUGCUAGGAAAGAUCGAUAUCAAGCUCCAUCCUGAGCUUUAUAGACUGCUUGAUGAGGACGAGACACUUGAGCAGUUUCUCCGCUUGCCCCCUGAGCAAAUUCUCCUCCGAUGGUUCAAUUACCAUCUGAAAGCUGCUAACUGGCCCCGCACCGUCAAGAACUUCUCCUCUGAUGUUAAGGAUGGUGAAAAUUAUUCGAUUCUGUUGGCGCAAAUUGGUCCCGAGUAUGGCGUUACCCGUGCGCCUUUACAAAAGCAGGACCUACGUGAGCGAGCUGAGGCAGUUCUACAAGAAGCAGACAAGCUGGGAUGCCGCAAAUUCUUGACACCGAAGUCACUCGUUGCCGGUAAUCCCAAGCUUAACCUAGCAUUCAUCGCCAAUUUAUUCAAUAACCAUCCCGCCCUUGACCCCAUCACGGAGGAAGAGAAACUCGAGGUUGAAGAUUUCGAUGCGGAGGGCGAACGCGAGGCUCGAGUCUUUACAUUGUGGCUGAACAGCCUGGAUGUCCAACCUGCAGUUGUCUCGUUCUUUGAUGACCUUAGGGAUGGCAGUAUCCUCCUUCAGGCUUACGAGAAGGUCAUCCCGGGCUCUGUCAACCCCCGUCACGUCAACAAGAGACCAGCGCAUGGAGGUGAGAUGUCGAGAUUCAAGGCCGUCGAAAACACCAAUUACGCGAUUGAGCUUGGAAAGCAAAACGGGUUUUCGCUAGUUGGCAUCCAAGGCGCUGACAUUACUGAUGGACAAAGGACCUUGACUCUGGGCCUUGUGUGGCAACUCAUGCGCAAGGACAUCACCGUCACUCUAUCUUCACUGGCUCAGAAGCUUGGUAAGCGAGAAAUCACCGACUCUGAGAUGGUGCGAUGGGCAAACGAUAUGUCGCGAAAGGGCGGCAGGAAUUCUUCCAUCCGCUCUUUCAAGGAUCCUUCAAUCGGAUCUGGCAUCUUCCUCCUGGAUGUUCUGAAUGGAAUGAAGAGCAGCUAUGUUGAUUACGAUCUUGUUACAUCUGGACAGACUGACGAGGACGCUUACUUGAACGCCAAGUUGAGUAUCAGCAUUGCUCGAAAGCUCGGUGCGACCAUUUGGCUAGUUCCCGAAGAUAUCUGCCAAGUCCGCAGCCGCCUCAUCACCACCUUCAUUGGUUCUCUUAUGGCUACGCACGAAAGGAUGUAG